AUGUCGAAGCUGCCGGAGUAUCGCCGCAACGCGGACGAAGAGUCCGCCCCCCUCUUCAAGGGAGAGAAUCGGCCAUCUCUCGACCUAGACGCGGUGCCUACCUACCCUCCUCGUAUGGGUGUGUCUGCGUCGAGAGAUGACACGGACGAUCGGAACACUGUGACUUAUACUUUUGUGCCGCGCUGGCCGGUCAAGGGGGAGCGGCAGGACGCUAUCGGGGUUUUGGGCCUGAGCAGGGAGGAAACCACGGCAGUGGUGCAGAACGCCUUCCCCCUCCUCGCGGACUAUCCGGCCGAACGAAUUGAGUUCCUCGUACCCGUCGCGCUUAAGGAUGGCUGCGCAGUAGACGACCGCUGGGCCAUGAUCAUGGACGAUGCGUGGUCCAAGUUUCACAAGUCGCCACCUGUGCGUCUCAAGGUACAGAUCCAGGAUGGGCCGGGCGAUGCCGCUCGCAGGAGCAAGAGGGAGAACAAGAUCGUCUUCUCUGUUAUCGGCGGGCUCGUCACCUUCUUCAUCCUCGUCGGCCUCGCCGUUUUCCUCUCGAGCCCUAGUAGCGCGGCACAUGGCUCGAGCCCGUCUAGCAAGCCCUCGAGUACGUGA